ACAAAUUCAGAUUUCUAGAAUGUCGAAUGAAAAUUCCGAGUCACUUGCCGCUGUAAAAAAGCAGUUUCAGGCCCAAAUCCGAAAAGUUGAGGGAGAAAAGGGUAAAAACCAGCUGGCUGCUGAACUGAAAGACAAAGAGAUCAUCAGCCUCAAAGAAGAACUAAAACAGCUGCAGUUGCUCAGGUACAGUUCGGAGAAGAAAUUAGGCGAGCUGGAGCAAAAGUUGCAGCUGCAGACACAAACGAAAGACAGCCACCUGAACCAGCUGGGAGAAGUGGAGAGGCGUUUCGCCGUCAUCUCCAGACAGUGUGCCAUGGUCAAACAGGCCCAUGACAAACUCGAACAAAAUGUUGAAGAGGCCAUGCGAAUGAAUAAAAAGCUCACAUCCAUCAACAAAGGUCUUCAAACUCUCCGAUGCAGUAUAUAUUCACGGUCUGCCCUUGCCGAGAAGAAUAACUGUUAUUACUUGUAUGGCCGAAUGGGGAUAUUCCUCUUAGAAGGGAGGACAAUGUGUUUUUAA